AUGCUCAGACCCAUCACACUCGCGGCCAUCGCGCUGCUGUUCACCUACCUGUUCAUCCAGCUGCGACACAAACGCUUCAAGCAACACGCCAAAAUCCCACAACUGCCAUCCAGUCUGCUGUUUGGUCACCUGAAGACUCUCGAUGAGUUGAUCAAACGCGGCGCAACGGACCGUCAUCCAGACUCCAUGUUCUCGGAGAUGCAUGAAAAGCUUGGCCGGCCGGCGCUCAUGCUCGUUGAUCUCCGGCCUGUCAAUCGGCCUAUGGUGCUCAUCAGCUUCCAUGAAGUCGCCGAACAAAUAUCAAAAGCCUCGCCCCAGUUUCCGACUAGUAUUCCGAAGACGAACCUCAAUUAUAUGCUGCCUCUCACAGGGCCUACCUCCAUCCUUCAUGUAGAUGGAGAUGAAUGGAGGGUACUCCGUAAAAAAUACAACCCGGCUUUCGCCCCGCAACAUCUCAUGACGCUUUUGCCACGUAUUCUCGAAAAGACUCCCAAAUUCAUCCAGCAUCUCGAUAGCUUAAGCGGAACCGGAAAGGAAUUCUCCCUUGUUGCGCUUGCCACGAACCUUGCUUUCGACAUCAUUGGCUCUGUGGUCAUGGACGUGGACCUCGAAGCUCAGCCGCUAGAUCUAUCACAACAGGGUGAGCUGGUGCGCCUGUACAUUGACCUGUACAGAACAUAUUGGGACGAUAAAGCCGAUUUCCCCUGGUGGAUGAUUCCCAGGACAGAAAUGAAGCGCCGUCGUCUAAGCAAGCGAAUCAAUAUGCUUGUCAAAGACAUUAUCCGCUCCAAGCAUGCCGAACAGAAAGCUCAAGGAGAGAACCAAUCCCGCAGUAUCCUAUCUCUUAGCUUACAGGACAGCAACAACAACAGCCAUCUUCCCACAUCACUUUUGAAUGAAACGUGUGACCAGAUCAAAACUUUUCUGCUGGCAGGUCACGACACUGUAAGCAUCACCAUAUCCUGGGUGUUCUACUGGCUCGGACGUACACCUCGCGCUCUCCACGCUGUCCGUGACGAGCUCGACAGCGUUCUCGGGAAGGAAAGAGACCCAGAGGCAAUACGUGCCAAGCUUCUUUCACCUGAUGGUCCGGAUUGCCUGCGCAAGAUGGCCUAUAUAUCCGCAGUGAUCAAGGAGACGCUACGGCUAAACCCACCCGCAGCUACAGCGCGUGCUGUGAAGCCAGGAACGGGGUUCACAGUCCGCGCACCAGACGGCAGUGGCUACUGUCUGGACGGCAUGAUCAUUUACAACUGUGAGGGCCUGAUACAACGUGACCCAGAAGUUUAUGGAGAGUCGGCAGGCUGGUUUAGGCCGGAGCGUUGGUUGGACAACACCGGUGAUUUCGGCAUCCCCGCUGGUGCCUGGAGACCAUUUGAGCGGGGACCGCGUGGUUGCGUUGGACAAGAUUUUGCCAUGAUUGAGAUGCGCAUCAUCAUUGCUCUCAUUGCCCGUCGGUAUGACUUCGUUAAGGUUGGGCUCGGCGAGAUAAGAUUGGAUGGGAAGGGUCAACCGGCAGUCGAGAGGAACGGCAGCCUACCUGUCAGGUCAGAGGUCUAUAAUACACGACAGGUGAAUGCGAAACCAGUAGAUGGGAUGCAAAUGAAGGUUCAGAUAGCCCAAUGA